AUGUCUACUCCCUCCCCACAAACCAUCAUCGAACAGCUUCAGAAAUGGGGUGCCUGCGAUGUAGCAGACGGCCUCUCCAAACUCAACCACCCCAACGGCGGCUUCCUCGAAGGCUUAACCAUGUACUCGCCGGACUUCCAAGCCGGGGAGACGAAGCUCAUCGGACAGGCUUUCACGGUUAAGUUCGUGCCGAAGUCGGAUGUUGGGGCGCCGAAGGUGUCGGGGAAUUAUAUCGAUAAAACCCCCCCAUCCAGCGUGGUCUUCAUCUCCCAGCCCCCACCCCAAGUAAACGCCGUCUACGGGGGCCUGAUGACGCUCCGGGCCCAGAAGCUCGGCGCCGCGGGGGUGAUCAUCGAUGGCCGGCUAUUCGCCAAAUCCGUCGGCACAACAGCCGGCGGCGAAGUGUGUCGACCGUCAGAGGUCAAUGUGCCCGUGCGUCUGCACUCGAGUGAUCAGCCUAAUGCGUGGGUCAGGCCCGGCGAUUAUUUGAUUGCGGACCUGAAUGGCGUGGUAUGUUUGCCGCAGGAGAUGGCGGAGCAGGUGCUGGAUCUGAUUCCGGGGAUUGCGGCGGCGGAUGAGAAGUGUGCGGAGGGGAUUCGGGCAGGGAGGAGUGUAGAGGAGGUUUUUAGGGAGUUUAGAGGGCGUUGAGUUAGUGUUUGG